AUGUCUGACGGAAGUAAGGACGUCGGUACAGAGCAGGUUUAUAUUAAGACUGCGGGUGGGAAUGCAGCAUUUCAUAAUUUUAUCAAUGAUUUUGCGCAUGUAGAGGAUCCCUUAGAGCGGAGGAGGCUUGCAUUGAAGAAGAUCGAUGAUGCGCCCUUUGGUUGGUAUCAUGUGCGUGCGAUUAUGGUUGCUGGGGUUGGUUUUUUGACUGAUUCUUAUGAUAUAUUUGCUAUUAAUCUGGGUAUAUCUAUGAUGUCUUAUGUUUUUUGGGCGGGGAAGAUGCCUGCGUCUACGAAUUCUCUGUUGAAGGUUAGUACGUCUGUGGGUACGGUUAUUGGACAGGUUGGGUUUGGUACGCUGGCGGAUGUGGUUGGGCGUAAGAAGAUUUAUGGGGUGGAGUUGAUUAUUAUGAUUGCUGCGACUGUUUUGCAGUGUACCAUUGGGUCGUCGCCCUCUAUCAAUUUUGUUGCUGUGCUGACGUUUUAUCGGAUUGUUAUGGGUAUUGGUAUUGGUGGUGACUAUCCGCUUUCUUCUAUCAUUACUUCGGAGUUUUCGACCACGAAGUGGAGAGGUGCGAUUAUGGGGGCGGUGUUUGCCAACCAGGCGUGGGGUCAGUUGAGUUGCGGUAUCCUGGCUUUGAUUUUGGUUGCUGCGUACAAGGGGGAUCUUGUCGGUGCGACUACUGGUGACGAGUGUGGUUUCGAAUGUCAGAAGGCCUGUGACCAAAUGUGGAGAAUUUUGGUUGGCUUUGGAUGUGUACCCGGUUUGAUUGCUUUGUAUUUCAGGUUGACCAUCCCCGAGUCUCCCCGUUACACGCUGGAUGUCGAGACCGACUUGGCCAAGGGUGUCGCUGACGCCGUGAAAUUUACGUCUGGCGAGCACGGCAAUGCGGAGGCAUCGAUGAUUGCGCGUUUGGAAAAGGUACCGUCUUCUUUCGAGCAGAUGGAAGUCCAACCACCAAAGGCUUCCUUCAAAGAUUUCUGUUCGCACUUUUCCAAGUGGAAGCACUUGAAGAUUUUAAUUGGUACUGCUGGUACGUGGUUUAUGCUGGACGUUGCAUUCUAUGGGCUUGGCCUGAACACCGCCGUGAUCUUGCAGACCAUCGGCUAUGCAUCAUCUGAUAACGUUUAUGAAAAAUUAUACAACUCUGCCACUGGUAACCUGAUCUUGAUUUGCGCAGGCUCUCUACCGGGCUACUGGGCUGCUGUGGCUACAAUGGACAUCAUCGGGAGGAAGCCCAUCCAGCUGUUUGGGUUCUUCAUCCUAACCGUCUUGUUCUGUGUCAUUGGUUUCGCUUAUGACCAGAUUGGCGAACAUGGUCUGCUGGGGCUGUACAUCGUAUGCCAGUUUUUCCAGAACUUUGGACCUAACGUCACAACUUUUAUUGUUCCUGGUGAAUGUUUCCCUACUAGAUACAGAUCUACAGCGCACGGUAUCUCAGCUGCUUCCGGUAAGCUCGGCGCUAUUCUGGCACAAACAGCUCUUGGUACCUUGAUCGACCACAACUGCUCUAGAGAUGGCAAGAAGCCCAACUGUUGGCUUCCACAUGUGAUGCAAAUCUUCGCUGCAUUCAUGCUGUGCGGUUUUUUCCUAACCUUUUUGAUCCCAGAGACGAAAAGAAGGACACUGGAAGAGAUCAACGAGCAGUGCCAUGGCGAGGUCGACCCCGGAAAAUACUCUAGUGGCUCUACAAGCUCAAGCCAAAUUGAGGCCGUCUAA